AGCGUGUACAGUACAGUAGAAUACAUCAAUAUAUUUCUUUACGCGUCCAGCAGAGUUCGAGAGUGAAAAAUGAAGGGCAACAAACUCGGACAGCGGCGGCAGCAGCGAACAAGUCGCCGUACACCUCGGGCGCUUAUCUAACGCGCGACUCGCUCUCUGUCCGCCACCACCUCGUCCGACUCGCGCCGCCGCGUCUUGUGUUUCUCACCAAGUCUGGUUCAUCCUCCAUUGCGCGCACUGCUAUAACCCUUGUUUCCGCCCCGCUUGCUCGAUCUCAGGUCCCGGGAAGCAAGACCGCCCCCCACGUACCUGUACCAACGCCAUCCCAGCGGCGGCAGCCAGCAUCAUCUCAGUAUACCCCGCCGUUGCACUCGCCUGCGUCCAUACCAAGUAGCGGCGCGCCCCACCAGCCCGCCUUCCCCUCGUCCCUGCCAGCCACUUCCGCGUCCCUGCCAUGGCUAGAUCCCCGGCUCAAGACACGCGAGCGGCUGAACACACCAAGGCAGUCCCGCAGGUCGCGAUCGCCCUCGCAGACAGCUUCAAGGACAGGUACCCCACACGCUUUUGUCCUCUCGUGCGUGUGAUGACCCCAGCCGUUGUCCCUGUCUAAAAACGGGUACGUCGUCGAUCGCCACGCUCCAGGAAAAGCCCAGACCUCCUGCGUCCGACUUCCCUUCGUGUACCAAAUGCCGGGCGGCCGCUCUGGAUCAGCACUGACCGGGCAGACGUCACCGAGGACCUGGUCGCGGUCGACGAGAUCGCGAGGGAUCUGCCGGACUUGGCCAUCCGCCGCUUCGUCGCGUUUGUGGUGCUCGCGCUACACAUCUUCUCGACCACCGGACACUCAACAGUAGAGCAACGCAGGGACCGUGAGGGAGCUCAGAUACGACUGCCACCAGGUUGGACAAGGAGCCGCGAGUUGCGUCGCGGCAAAAUCCCUGGUUGUGCCAAGUGCGAGCGCACGACUGAUGACCUAGAUGUGACAGACAGCGUGUCGUGCAGCGAUCCUCACGAAUGCUGCCAGCGAGCCAUGAUGGAUGAGAAUGCAAGGCCUCUGGUGGGGCGUGUUGUCAGCCGCCAGAGACGAAGCAUGCGAGCGAUGGCUGUGAAGGAUAUGGACGUGUUAGGUGGGCCUAGACAAUGUCGUGCAUAGAGAAGUACGCCCAAAAAUCUUGAGCCCCUACCAAACUGCCAUCUCCGAGGUACCCGCCAUGAUCACCCCGGGCCCGCCGUGACACGGACAUCGAUACCGAAUCCGCACGCUCUGAUAUAACGGCACGAGGUACGUGAUCACUUCGCGUCUGGCUCGCCAAGAUAUUCGGUGUCCCGCCGUUGCGGACGAAACCAAGUAUGGCGAGCGCUCGCUGAGCAUCCUCUUGACCGCUGGAGACUCCGCGGCGGAGCGACUCUGCUGCGGGGAGCUGCUCACCUCCUCGGCCAGCUCGAUGAUCAUCGGCGGUGAUAGCCGCGCCGGCGAGGACAGGCCUUGGCUUAGCUGUCGAAGAUGCUGAGCGACCCGGGCGAGGUCUUCGAAAUGCCGCCGACUGGGAACGUGAACCGUCUGGACGCUCCGCUGCCCGCAGAGCCUUUGUCGCGCUCGGACGACGCCGAUCCCGUGCGCUGCGGGCUGAGCGGUAUCAGAGUAGAUUUCAGCACCAAAAUCUUCGACGGCAGUCGUAGCGUGAAUGAACGCGGCCGCGAGUGCACUUGCGAUGUGCUCGAAGCGGCUGAGGCAGGUGUGAGCGGUGGUGAGACAGAUGGCCCGUGAGCAGACGGCGGCGGCGGCGGCGGCGGACCUGGCCGUGUUCUCUUCGGAGGCGAUGUCGAGAGCCUGGCCAAUAUUGCAGGAAAGGGUUAUGCCAUCUUCAGAGACGCGACGGACAGCAAAGGGAGCGAUGGUGACGGUGCAGCGCUGCAACUCACUUCGUCACUGCGGUAUGUCUUCAUUGCCCGGUAUUGGGUCGUAUCGAUGGAGGGAGGGGGGUUCUUGGACGGAGUAGGAGGUCAACUAGCAAGCUAGACAUGGUACGAGGGUACGUGCGAGUGGGGGCACGGCGAUUGAGCACCAGACGACCCGAAAAAGCAACGCAGGUAACCAUCGGGAAACGGCUGGCAAGAAAAUGUUCUCGCCAUCGGCAGGGUGCAUAGUACUCAGUUCUUACGAUAUAUUGCCGGUAUCGAAUGUUUGUCAGGCUCAUCGGCGGUGC